AUGCCUUUCAGCUGUAGAUUUUACAAACAUAAGUACCCAGAAAUCGACGAUGUAGUGAUGGUCAAUGUUCGAAGCAUCGCGGAGAUGGGAGCUUAUGUCAAUUUGCUCGAAUACAACAACAUCGAAGGGAUGAUUCUUUUGAGUGAAUUGUCGAGGAGGCGAAUUCGUUCAAUCAACAAGCUUAUCAGAGUCGGUAGAAACGAAUGUGUGGUAGUCAUUCGUGUCGACAAGGACAAAGGUUUGUCGCUUAAAUAACUGUCAGAAUUAUGCCGACGCUCUCGCCAUUUUGAUUAUAGUAAGCACUAAUAUAGUCAGGUGCGCGUCUUUAAGCUUAGCUUACAAAUAUUAUUGUAAGCUCACGUUAAAAAGAGUUGUAAUUGAUGUUAAAACUGAUGGAGACAACAAUAAUACACUUUUUAAAUGAAAGAGAAACACAUUAACCGUUUUAGAGUGGUGACCUUCAUUUAAAACUUCAGAAUAAGGCGAUGGUAAGAAAAAGUAUAAGACUUAUUGUACUAAGCUUAUAUUAAUUAUUAUUAUUAUUAUUCAUUCGAAAUAUUUCGCCCUAUCUGACUGACUCAAACUCCCUGGCUAAUUCCUCAUAACCAGGUAGCAUUGACCCAAUUUGGAAGGCUUAGUUGGAUACCAAAUUUUCCAGAAAAUUGUGUCAAUGUUGUGGGACGAACUACAUAAAAAGGCAUGGCAACUGAGAAGCCUUGGCGGUGAGAUCGCAUUGUUUUGGUAGAACUAGCAAAAAAAAUGUCCUUGGUGGAAGACUGCCUUGUCUCGGCCUCAUUUAAUAAUUGCUAAAUAUCAUUACUAAUGACUAGUUUUAGGACCGUACUAAGUUAAGCCCGGUAGGUUAAUUACUGGUUUGACCUGAGAACUGAUUUGAACUUCAACAUUCACAGCAAAGAGGCUGAGCAAAUUUUGAAAGAAGCAAAUACCGUAUUUGCUUGAGUGAGUGCCUGGGCACUUAUUUAAAAUGACAGCUAAAGGAUGGGUGCUUUUUGGAAGGAGGGCUCGUAAUCAAGUGGGGCAUUUAUUAAGUUUUUCUUUCAACGACGUGUAACAAUGUUUUCGCCAAAUCUUAAUGGUCUUAUGUUUGUUAUAACAGUAGUCAUAAUCAAGCAUACCAUAGUCCCAUUGAACACUUAACACAGAAAUGUGUCAGUAUGCAUUGUUUAUCUCAUCAUCCUUGAGUCCUUGUCAAUAAUAAUUAUGCAGAUAUUCAUAUUCCUUUUGUAUCCAUAAUGUUACGUUAAGAAAAGUAUGGGGAGGAGAUGCGGAGGGGGGUGCUUAUUCGAGGGGAGUGUUUGUUUGAUAUUAUAGCCUAGCAGAUGAGCACUUAUUUAGGAGAGGGUACUUAUUAGAGCGUGGGCGCUUAUUCGAAGAAAUAUGGUAAUUAAAAAUCAACAUAAUGGUGUUAAGAAUUCCAACUGGCAGGAAACGAACUAGUUGGCUUAAUUUACAAGCACUGCCAAAGAUUUAAACUUGGAACUGCUGAGAAAAAAUUUGACUUGUGGUCAGAGUAGCAACUUUUGGCAGCUUGAUAUUAGAAGAUCCUGGAACAUUUAAAGUGGAGAAAAAUUUUAGGUUAUGACUGGAAUACUUUGCAGGAUACAUUGAUUUGUCAAAGAGAAGAGUUUCUCCCGAAGAAAUCAAGAAAUGUGAGGAAAAGUUUACAAAAGCCAAAACAGUAUGUGAUGCAACUGAUGUAUUUACUUUUAUUAUUAACUUGUAUUUCAUCUAUUUUUUUAAAUACAUGAACAGGGUUCGUACGAUUCUUGAAAAUCCUUGAAAACCCUUGAAUUUUAAGAGUCCUUGUUCAAGUCGUUGAAAGUCCUUAAAAUUCUCUUUCGUUCGUUUUGAUCCUUGAAAGUCCUUGAAUUUUAAUGAAAGAACAUUUGAUAAGAAGUAUCGUCACUAUUAUUGUCUCGUUCGUUAUGGAAGGUAAUUCUUUGAUGAGUACUCACAAACAAAUUUUUAUAAAAAUGGUUGCCAGUAAGAAAAAAGGCCCAUGAUUAUCAGAAUAUUUUUAUAGUUUAUUUUGAACCUGUGUUAAAAGUAAGAAAUGAGGUCAUUGAAAUUUAAAAAUGGGGUCCUUGAAAGUCCUUGAAAAGUCCUUGAAUUUUACAGCAGAAAAAGUGUACAAACCCUGAAUUGAAUUAUACGUACAUUGAAACUUUCAAUGAAAUUCAUUUUAAAAUGGCUUGAACCAUCUUAGUUUGAUUCUCCUUUCCUUUUGUCUCCUAGCCCUAAUAAAGAAUUAUUCAUGAUUAUGAUUUUAUAUGGUCAGAACCAAAGGAAAAUUGCCGAAUAGCUAGCACUAGGCAGAAACCAGAUGUAUCUUAAUCUGAAUUCAUUUUUAGAUUUUAAAAAAACACUGUACAGUAACUUUUUUUGUUCAAAUAUUUGACAGAUAGCAUAGGCCAUUUUCUAGGUUAAAAAAAACCAAAGUUUCAUGACUGAAAAUAAGUUUUUUUACAUCAUGAAAAAAAAAUGUUAACCAGAGCCAACUAAUCUUCUGGAACAAUUUUAGAUCUUAUCUUCUCUGAGUGCAAUAUUUAUGAGAUUCUGCUAAUUGGAACAGAGACCAAUUUUAAACACUCAAAAACAAUCCAUUCCUGCAAAACUCUUUACCUUUACCUGUACAACAUUAAGUUUGUUUUCUAUAUCUAUGGUCUAUAGUUUUUGUCCUUUUGCAUUUUGAUGAUGUUGGUAUGCCGUUGCUGAAACACGUGUUAAUAAUGUUGCCUAUUAUCAUUAUGAGAAUCGGGUGUAGAAGUUCCAUACUGGUGACGCAUGACUACCCAGAUCUGGGUAGUUCUUCUGAUUUGUCGUGCCGCGUGGGAAAUUUGAUCCAACCAAUCAGAAGCACUACCCAGAUCUGGGUAGUGAUGCAUCAUCAGUAUAGAAUUUCUGUGCUCGUUUCUCAGACAUCAUUUGGCGGGGAAACCAGUGGUAGCGUCACUAAAUGUCGGCUAUUUUCUCAGGCGAAGGAAGUUCUUUUGGUUCUAUUUUCUUUUGUUUCCUAUGAAAGUAGCUAGGGUCAUACUUACAGUGGUAGGGGGAAAUCCUUAGCCCACAGACCUUGGUAACAGCCAUGUUGUAAUAUCUGCAUCUCAUUUGAUUUUUGUCACGUAAAAAAAGACAGUUACAUGUUUUGUUCAGGUUUACAGUAUUUUGAGACACUGUGCAGAGAUUUUGGGAUAUGAAACAGAUAAACAGCUGGAGGAACUUUAUGAGAAAAGUGCUUGGUAUUUUGAUGAAAAGUACAAGUCUCCAGGAAGCUCUUAUGAGGUUUUCAAAUUAGCCGUUGGGUAAGUAUGUUAAUUAAAUAAGAAUUUUGAAAAUAACUACAUUUACUGUAAUUGUAUAUCAUAAAUUUACUUGGUCCGUGACCCCAAAAUAAAAUCUUCUGAUUUUUGAGUCAGUAGAAAACAUCUUACAAUAAACUAGAUUGUUUUAGUGUUUACCAAGAGAAGGCACUACCCCUUGAUUAAAACUGUUCAAAAUUAGUACAAGAUGUUUUGCUUACUGUCAAGAAGUUAGCUCAUUUAUAGACAUUACCCAACGUUUAAGUUCCAAGCAUAAAACAUGAGUUUGAGCGGUAAUAGUCAUUGCCUUAAAUACAUGUAGGUGCUUUUAUUUUCACAACUUGCAAGAAUUCCAUUUUAGAUACAUGUAGGCAUUUCCACUACCCCCACCCCCACAUGCCACUUUAAACUUGUAAGGUUAACAGACACUCUCUUGAAGUCUGUGAAAGUAGUUUUGUAAAGGUCAUAAACUGUAAACUUUAGUUGUAAGCUUCCCUCCCCUUCCUAGCCUCCACGGAGACAUUCUUAGGGGUUCGUCACUUGUUCCUGCCCCACUAACGUCUGCUGAAAUGAAGAGCCACUUCCGUUCAUAGAUACGGACCAAUCAAAGCCGAUUUUCCAACUUUGGGUAAACCCUUGUUUACCCGGAACUAGAUAGUGGACUAAAAAGCUUAGGUGUUGUGUUGAUGUCUGAAACAUUUGGUAUUACCUGGGCAUUAAAACCGUAUCAAACAAAAGCCAUGGUCCAAUUUUUGCAGAAGAAGACUGAUGUGUUUUUAAAUCUUUUAAGUGGAUGUGUAAGGUCACCUGUUCAUUAAUUAUGUAAAAAGUAUCAAAGACCAUGUCUAUAAGCUGGCAAAUCUUGGUAUUCUUGUUGCUUCACUGUAUCAGUGAAGAAAAUGCAAGGGGUGCACAAACAAGGAAAUGUUUGAAGUAAAACCUGCAAGGGGUAAAGGCUGCGUUUCUCAGACGGUAUGGGAUUUUAACUGGUUUUAAAUAUUAUCUAACAAAAAAGUCUGUUUUAGACUUCUUGUACUUAUAAAAUGUACAGUUGUUUGUUCUUUGCUGUUUCUUUUUCUUUAGUGGGCAAAUAUUGACUUGGUACAGUUUGUACUGAGGAGUGGAAAACAUGUGCAGGCCUCAUGCCUUGCAGAUAAAAUUGCGGUUUUGAUAUGUCGAUAGCACUGAAUCAAAAAUCGAACCCUGUCCUUACCCAAGAUGGAAGCACAAAGAAAUCGCUCUGAAUUGAUAACCUUAAUUCUUAAGAGUUGAAUGACGAAAUGGAAUAUGAUGGAUAUUUUGAUUUGGUUAUUUUUGUUAUAACGAAAAUUAAUCCAGAGGUGAACCACACGUGUCGAUUUCCCUUCCUUCACAGCAUGUGAUUGGCUUCAUGCGUCACAAUUAGUCAAUACUGAUUGGUUUCUUCAAACAAAAGCAAACAGCCAAACAAUGGAAGUGGCUCUUCAUUUCAGCAGACAUUAGUAGGGCAGGAGUGCGUGGCGAACCCUAAGAAUGUCUGCAUGGAAUGCUAUCCCCUCCCCACAGUAUUGGCCCAUCUAGUGUAAGCAAAAGAAAAUACACCUAGGUAUAAGCCCCCCUCUAGUUUGUGUUGAAAUGAAUUCACUUUUUUUGGAAAUGUUGAAGCUUACCCCUCACCCCCUACCCCCUCUUCUCCUAUUUAUAAGUCCUUCUAAAACCCUAAUACAUGCAUGUUGCAUAAGUCCAGGGCUUAUAUAAGUGGAAGUUUAUGGUAUUACCAUAACAAAACAAUCAAGAAUGUUUCAUCUGAUUUUCAUAUUCCUUGAAGGUGUCAGAUAAAACUCAUCAUCUACGCUGUAUUCCUCUUCCUAUCAACCCAUUUAUUGACAUGCCAGAUUGUGAAUAAAAUCAUUUUUUGACUUACAUCCGGGGCCAGAACAAAAAGGUCAUUGUAACGGUGUUGUUACUAGGUAGGGCUCCACUGCACUAAGGCUGCAUUUACGGUAGAUGAGAUUCUUUUAGAUUCAUUUUGCCAUUAACUCAACAUGCCUGCAGAUGCAUGAAUCUGAAAUUAAAAUUUCCUAAUUUGGUUGCAUGUCUAGAGGUUUUGAAUCCAGAAUCUAAAGUAAAAUAAUACUUUCUUUCCAAAUCAGUGUUAUCAGAUUUGUUGAUGGGUGUAAAUGUUACAGGUCAAAAUUAUAUUGAGGUUAAAAUUUUUAAACCUAAGUUGAUUCUAAACUUCCUUUCAUGAAUUAGGGCUAGGAGACAAAGAAAAUAGAGAAUCAACCUAGGUUAAAAAAUUUUAACCUGAAUUUUCGUUUUGACCUGUAACAUAAAUGCUUGGAAAUUGGAAUACCCUAAGUGUGAUAAAUCGGGAAACAUUUUAUGAAUCCAGAAAAAUCUCCUUUGACGUAAACAUAAUGCCUUGAAUAAACUGUAGUGAGUUACAUGUAAAUUAUGCUGUGUUUUAAACAUAAAUAUAUGACUUUUCUUUGUUCAGCGAUCCAACAGUGCUAGAUGAGCUGGAUCUGGAUGAGAAAACUAAAUCAACUCUGUUAACUAAUAUCAAGAGAAGGCUUACUCCUCAAGCUGUCAAGGUCCGUGCUGAUGUGGAAGUGUCAUGUUAUGCUUAUGAUGGCAUUGAUGCUGUGAAGAAUUCCUUACUUGAGGGACUGAAAUGCUCCUCAGAAGAUGUUCCUAUUAAGGUUUGUUAUGGCUAAUAAUAAUUCAUAGUAUCGUUAUGGUAUUUUCACAGUAUGUCAAAUUGGCUUCUGUUGAAGACUAUAGUUGUGUCACCUCUUUUUUUCUUGGUUCACGGUUUUCUUUCACACACCUCCACAUUUUUCCGAUUUUUAUUAAUAAUUUAAUUAAUCUAUUUUCUUGUUAUGUGGAAGAAAUGAAACUCAGAACUUUAAACUUGAAGCUUCAAAUUUAUACCUUUUUGUAGUGAAACCAGUAAAGUAGUUAUUCUUCACAAUGGUGUCAUUUUGUGUCAAUUUCAAGCUAGUUAGUAGACUUGACUUAAAAUCUAGUUUACUGUAGUUUGGAAUUUUAGUUUAAUUUUUGCAGGCCAAAUGAGGGAUUUGCCAUAAACCCAAAGUAAAAAGUUAAACUCGCAAAACCUAAAGGUUUUAUAAGUGUAUAUUUACACUGUAGGCUAAAACUUUAAUGUACCAAAUCAUUUCCCUUUCCUCUUUCAGAUAAAUUUGAUAGCAGCUCCAUUGUAUGUAAUAACCACGACCACCUUGGAUAGAGAUGAUGGCCUCAAAGGUUUGACUUUAGCUGUGGAAGCCAUCAAAACUACCAUCAAGAAAUAUGGUGGAGACUUCAAUGAAAAAGUUGCAGUAAGUAAUUCCUCCCAAUAACAUCUUUGACUCAAAACCAACUGGCGCGGAACUAGUGGAAAGGCAUAGCUGCUACUGAGUUACGUGUAUGAGAGAGUUUGGCUCUUUUUUUGCUAUACAUUGAAACCAGUUUAAGAAUAAUUUACUGUAGAGGAAUGAGUAUCUUUGUGCUCAAUAUCCCUUCAAGUAAUGAAUAUUAAAAAAUGCUGCUUUCUUGUAACUCAAAACACGAAACUUGGGUUUCGAGACUUGAGAAUCAAGACUUGAUUUUGCAUCUAGUGGAAACUCAAAUGAUUUUGAGACAUGAGAAUCGUGUUUUCAGGUCGAUCGAGUUAAUACUGUCAACAUACUUUAGGGCGUUGCUGUAUUUUGAAACCAGCUGACUUGACUUACUGUUUGUAGAUGUCCUGAAGCAUACCAAUGGCAAUCCUGCUUGAGUUUCAAAAUGCACAAGUUGCAUCAGCUUGACAUUUGUGCAAUCGGGGAGGCAGUACAACCCAGUAUUUAGAGCUCUGAAGGCAAAAUAUGCAACCACGAGUUUCUUCUCUGGCCAUGAGCUAGGCAUGACAACCCUAGUAAUAGUAAGUUGAGCUACAUGGCUAAUAUGCUAAUGCCUCAUAAAGAGUCAGCUGCAGGAUUGUCAACUGGGGUCUCCUAUCAUGUUAUGUUUGAUUUCAGUUAUGAGUUUAUGAUUAAACGAGGCAUAAUUAUUUCUUUUGCCGUAGUAAUGAAUUUAACAUUUUUUUUCCCUGUUUUAGCCUAAAGUGGUGACAGAAAGUGAUGAAGUUGAGCUUGCCAAACAAAUGGAAAGACUUGAAAGGGAAAAUGCUGAAGUAGAUGGUGAUGAUGACAACCCUGAUGAAGAGGAAAUAUCAGAAGAAAUUGUUGCAUAAAUGACACAUACUAUAAAGUAUCCAAGAGAUUCCAAAACAGAAGCAUUUGACCUUCAAAUCAAAAAAUACUUGAAAAACUGGGGAAAAUGUUUGUGUUCCUUACGUAUCACAGAAGUUUCCGCAAUGUAGCAAAAUUGUUGUAGAACAGUGUGUGACAUAUUGUAUGAUGUGGAGUAUCAUAUAACCAUCUGCAAGUAGACAGACUUGUAUAGUGUACUCGCAUUUUAGAUCUCUCUGUGCUCAAAUUUUCGCCAGUUUAUUGCCAAACAUACAAAAAUUUUGAUUGAAAUAGUG